AUGAGAGGACAAUAUCUUGAUAUCCCAGUUGCCCCGGCAGAUCUUGCAUUUGGCCUGAUGGCCGAUUUCGAUGCGGACCCCGACCCACGCAAAGUGUCCCUCAUUGCAGGUGCUUACCGCGAUCAGAACGGAUUGCCUUGGGUCCUGCCAAGUGUGAAAGAGGCAAAAUCCUAUCUCGACAAGAGCCCAAACCACGAGUAUCUAGGCAUAGCCGGCUCACCCACAUUCAUCAAACUCGCCCAAUCUCUCAUCCUCGGAGCCAAUUUCUCUGAAAUAUUGAAAGAGAACAUAGCAAGUAUCCAGACCGUUUCAGGGACCGGCGCAAACCACAUGGCAGCAGUCUUCCUUGCAAAACAUCUCCGUCCGCAACGCGUUUUCAUCCCAUCCCCGACAUGGGUGAAUCACAAGUCCAUCUGGACUAUAGCCGGUGUUCCGCACGAGGAAUAUCCGUAUUACUCUUCGGAUACGCACGCCGUGGAUAUGGCAGGAAUGCUUGCUACUUUGGAGACAAAAGCCGAGUCCAAUGAUGUGGUGAUUCUCCAAGCAUGUGCGCACAAUCCAACGGGCGUGGAUCUCUCUAUGACUCAAUGGGCAGAAGUAGUCCGCGUCAUCAAGCGGAAGAAUCUUUUCGUCGUGUUUGACAGUGCGUACCAGGGGUUCGCGACUGGGGAUGUUGACGGUGAUGCAUGGGCGGUGCGAUACUUUGUCGAGCAAUUGAUUCUAAACGCAGAACCAGAUGCGACACACCCGGGUCUUUGCAUUGCGCAGUCUUUCUCCAAGAAUUUUGGGUUGUAUGGGGAGCGUGUCGGAGCCCUUCACCUGGUCGUACCACGUCACUUGUCGCCUCAAGGUGCGCAUUCAGAAUUGAUGGCCAUCGCGAGAUCGGAGUACUCGAAUCCGCCACGUUUUGGGGCUGGGAUUGUUCAAACAGUGCUUGGCGAUGACAAUCUUAGACGUCAGUGGCAAGAAGACUUGAGCACGAUGAGUGCUAGGAUCAAGAAGAUGCGACGCGAGCUUCGACGAAGGUUAGAACGGCUUGGAACAACCGGGGAUUGGGCGCAUAUUGAGAGCCAAAUUGGGAUGUUUAGUUAUACAGGGCUGAAUCAUCACGAUGUCGAGCGUCUGCGGAAUGAGUUCCACAUUUACCUUCUUCCCUCUGGCCGCGUGAGUAUCUGUGGAUUGAAUGAGGGUAUUAUUGAUUAUGUGGCGAGGGCUAUCAGAGAGGUUGUUGGAAGUGGUUAG